CCUGUAGCUGGAUAGGGUCUAGCCGCUACUUACUAAACAAGGGGUUUGAGAGAUAAGGAAGUUAGUGCUGUUUCAGCAAGUAGUGAGAGAACAGAACAGUGUCAGGCAGUGUGACUAUAGCACUUGUUGUAGGGUUGUAGUUUGUAAUGUACCGUGUUCUGAAACAGUUAUAUUAAUACCAAUGUGCAGAGUUGCCCCCCGAGUGAUUGGUUACCUAAUGCCUGACAGCUGUAGAUUGUAAUACUGUAUGCAGUAGUUAUAAUUAUUUACAUAACAUUAGUUUUGCGUGCUGCAUGUGUCAGCAUUUUUGUAUUUCUUUUAGGUGUUGCCUGUAUUCCAGAUCCGUUUUGCACGUCAGUGCUGUGGUCUUUGAUAAGCAGCUGAAGUUAGUUGUGUGGUGGUUCUGUAUUGUUAUUCAGCGGGUAUUCUAUUAGAAUUCUGUUGUUUUUUGGGCACUGCGUUAAUAUAUUAUUGUUACACAGUGUGUGUGCUGCAACCUUGCCAGCUUUACCAUGCGUGGUCUCUCGGGCCUUAUUGUUGUGUCCCGGAGUUCUUUGCUGCGGCCUGGCAUGCUGUGUCUGCGCGGUCUAUGUGCCGCGGUAGUGCGUCCUGAUGUUUCACGGGAGUCCCGAACUGUCCAACCUUUGCUCUUCCCAAGAGCUGGCUAUGUAUCCAAAACCGAGGGCUUACUAUGGGCUAAUGCGCCUGGAAAAGAUUCCGAUCAGGAUUCAACUAACAAAGGGGCCAGUGACUCUACAAAUGACAAUGGAAAGAAGCCUAACAACACUCAACAGCUUAAAAUAGUUUUCAAAGAGUAUGGAGCAGUUGCAGUUACAUUCCAUGUUGGAAUAUCGUUAAUUUCUCUUGGAAUAUUUUAUGCACUUGUCUCCAGUGGUUUGGAUAUGACAUCGAUUCUCCUAAAGAUUGGCUUCAGUGAAGCAGUCGUCCAAUCAAAAAUGGCAGCCGGCACCAGUACAUUUGUUUUGGCUUAUGCCGUCCAUAAACUUUUUGCUCCUGCAAGGAUCAGCAUCACCUUGGUUUCUGUUCCUUUCAUUGUACGAUACUUCAGAAGGAUUGGUUUUUUCAAGCCUCGUUCUAAAACUCAGUAGAAAUUAAAGUGAAGAAAGUAUGAAUCAUAUUUGAGAAACUUUAAAAAAUUUCUGCAAUGUUAUCUAUUUCUUAUUAAUCUAGGACAGCGAUUUUCAGCAGGGUUUUGGACAGCCCGUGGCAAAAAUAGAAAAAAAAUCUUUCUUUAAAUAGUAACAUGCAAUUACUAAUAUUGCUCAUAUACUUUGGGGCUGUAUCACUGGAUAGUUUUGUAAUGUCCUUGGUGUGGUACAGGCAUAUACAAAUAAAUCAGAGGUACCCCAUGAAUCUGUCUAGGUUGUAUCAAAAGCAAAAAAAUAAGAAAAAAAUGUGUUAAACACAUAAGUAAAGUCCCUCUCUGAACUGCAUGACUUGCAUAUCCCAAGCAGGACACAACCGGUGAUAAGUGGGGUCUUGUGACUAAUGUUUUUGAUUGGCUAACAAGCCAAGGAACUGCAAGACGUGAGCAGGACUUUACCUAUAAGUUUAACCUAGAGUUUGACACAGUCAUCUAGGUGGCUCCCUAAUGCAAAUAUGACAUUUUGUAAUUAAUUUCAUUUUUGCAUUAUGAUAUAUCCUUAAUUAAAUUUAAAAUUACAGCACUGACAGUAUGUGCUACCAUUUCUAAUACUUUAAUAUACAGAAAAAAAUAAAGGUAAUGCACGAUUACAUUGAGCAUACAAUUCAGUAUGCCUUGUCUAUGUCUUGCUAUGCAAUUUAAAGUGCCCUUUAUGUAUAUUGUUUGUAACAUUAAUGAAUUAUGAUAAAAGUAUACCAAUACAUCAUAAUUAGAAACAUUAGUCCAACAGUGAUUGUAACACUCUUGAGUGUGCAAUGCAACUCGUGUAUUUGUUUAGUUUUGUUUAUAAAUAAUUAUAGUGUUAGAGUCAGAAUUAAAAUUUAAAACCAAUGUAAUAUAUAUUUACAGUAAAACUGUUGCAGUGAA